UUAUGUCACUACAAUUACGCAUAAUCUGCUGAACCACGUUUAUAUCGCGCAAGUAUUCAAAAUUAACAUAUCUAUAUUUGUACUCUUGUAGGCCUAUUUCUAAAAAUUAACUUAAAACGGACCGCUUCAGUGAAAGCAAUUCCUAGCUUGCAGCACCCAGAAGUGAACAGAUGGCGACCCGGAAGGUCUGAAGUAACUCCGACUGAAGACAAGCAAAAAUAACCUUUUAUCAAAUAUAAUAAAAUCUACAAUCGACGUGUCAGAAUGGCUGAACCUCGUUUUAAUAAUCCCUACUUCUGGCCUCCACCCCCCACCAUGCCUGGGCAGAUGGAUAAUAUUGUGUUGAUCAACAAGAUCAAGGAACAGCUGAUGGCUGAGAAGAUCAGACCACCCCACCUGCCGCCUUCCACAGUUCCCUCCCCUCAGCAACGACUGGGGAAUCCUACACAGACAGGAGGUGGGCAGCAAGUCCAGAUGUCAGUUCAGAAACUGCAGCAGAUGCAACAAGGUCUCCAUGUCCACAGCUCGUCCCAGCCAGACAUUGCCCUGCACACCCAGACGGCCUCCAGCUCAGUCGCAGGACGUAUUCUUGGUGAUGUAAAUUUGAAUCUGGACGAUAAGACGGCUAUAAAAGCAAGAGGAUUGUGGGAAGACUGGCAUUUGCGCCAAAUCAUUGACCAACCCUCUAGAACGAAUCACCUAUCAGGUCUGGCACUUUCCUCUCGAACUGGCAACCAUAACACCUCCAUCACUCUGACCACACCCACCUCCAACAGCCAGAGCCGGCUAGGCGGAGCCCUCUCGCCUCAUCAUGUCCUCUCCAGCUUGGCCAGUGGCCCUGGGAUGGAGCAAAUCAAAAGUAACGGGGGCCUUGCUGGACUGCUGGGGCGAGGGCGUAAGAAGAUAAAAGCCGAGAACAGUGGUUGCCCUCUGUUGGUGGUGCCUUACCCAAUCCUCGCUUCAGGCAACGACCAAUCCUGCCACACCAUCAUCCCCAAAGAGGGCAAAUGCUACAGGUGUAAAUUGUGCCCACUGACCUUCUUCUCCAAGUCAGACAUGCAGAUGCACUCCAAGUCCCACACAGAGGUCAAGCCGCACAAGUGUCCCUACUGCUCCAAAUCUUUCACCAACGCAUCCUACCUGGCCCAGCACCUCCGCAUUCACCUGGGCGUCAAACCUUAUCACUGCUCUUACUGCGAGAAAUGCUUCCGCCAGCUCUCCCACCUGCAGCAGCACACCAGAAUUCACACUGGGGAUCGGCCCUAUAAAUGUGCCCAUCCAGGUUGUGAAAAAGCCUUCACCCAGCUCUCCAAUCUGCAGUCUCACCAGAGACAGCACAACAAAGACAAGCCCUACAAGUGUCCAAACUGCUACCGUGCCUACUCGGACUCAGCCUCAUUGCAGAUUCACUUGUCUGUGCAUGCCAUCAAAAACACCAAGGCCUACUGCUGCAGCAUGUGUGGCAGAGCCUACACCUCAGAGACCUACCUUAUGAAGCACAUGUCUAAACACACGGUGGUGGAGCACCUGGUGAGCAAUCACUCUCCACAGAGGACAGGGUCUCCUAAUAUCCCCAUACGGAUCUCCCUCAUCUGAGCAAUUUGCCUUGACACCCCACCCCUGACCCUCAUGGAGGAACCCCCUGUAAGGCCACCCCUCCACUUUAGCGUAAUCAAUCCUAGAUAUGGGCUUUUAUUUGUUUGUUUUCCUCUAUGCGGGUUCCAAAAAUGUGCCAGACUGUAUUUGUACCUUUUCAAAAGAUGCCAGACUCUUUUUAUUUAUUUUUUGUAUUUUGUGGUUGGGGAAUGUUUGGGACAUCCAAAAAUGAUUUUACAGCACUUUCAGGCUUCAUGGUAGAGUAAAAGCCUUUUUGGCCUGUGCUAAGACAAUAAAAAGCAUUGCUCCAGGCAGCUAAAAACAUUCACCUUCGGUGUUAUAAAGCAGCAAAUGACCACUUUUUUAUAUUGUUAUUCUCCCUUUACUCUUUGCAAAAGUAUAUUUGCAUUGGGAACUUUUGUCUUCCUUUUUGUUAGGCCAAGAAGAUGAAUAGCUAAAUCAUUUAUUCAAGCAUUUUUUGUACCAAUCCUAAUGUCAAUGUUUGCAUCAUUUUGUUACUUAAAAAGAAAAUGUUCACAAGUAAGCUUUAUCACAUUUAAGUAUGUCUUUUAGACAACAAUGUACACAAAAUACUUUCCAAUUGGAGGGCCAAUACCUAUGUGUUAUUGUUGUAGUUGUAUUUUUCAUCUUCGUUAUUAUCCAUGGUAUUUAAAAGGAAACUGUUCAAGGCUAUCCUGAAGAGCACUAAAAUAUAUAUUUUAAAUCUGAUGCUGAUAUUUGUAGAAACUUCAAUGUUUUGGUUUGCUGAAUUGAUAAGCACUGCCAUGUAUUGAAGAAAUGAAAUGGUCCAUUAUGGAACUGACAUACAGUGCAUUCGGAAAUGAUUCAGACCCCUUCCCCUUUUCUACAUUUUGUUACGUUACAGCCUUUUCUAAAAUGGAUUAAAUAAUAUCUACACGCAAUACCCCAUAAUGACAAAGCGGAAAAAGGCUUUUAGAAAUUUUAGCAACUGUAUUACAAAUAAAAAUUAUUCAGACUCUCUGCUAUGAGAUUCGAAAUUGAGCUCAGGUGCAUCCUGUUUCUAUUGAUCAUCCUUGAUGUUUCUACAACUUGAUUGGAGUACACCUGUGGUAAAUUCAAUUGAUUGGACAUGAUUUGGAAAGGCAGACACCUGUCUAUAUAAGGUCCCACAGUUGAGAGUGCAUGUCAAAGCAAAAACCAUGCCAUGAGGUUGAAGGAAUUGUCUGUAGAGCUCUGAGACAGGAUUGUGUUGAGGCACAGAUCUGGGAAAGAGUACCAAAAAAUGUCUGCAGCAUUGAAGGUCCAAGAACACAGUGGCCUCUAUCAUCAAAUGUAAGGAGUUUGGAACCACCAAGACUCUUCCUAGAGCUGGCUGCUGGCCAAACUGAGCAAUCGGAGGACAAGGGCCUUGAUCAGGGAGGUGACCAAGAACCCGAUGGUCACUGACAGAGCUCCAGAGUUCCUCUGUGGAGAUGGGAGAACCUUCCAGAAGGACAACCAUCUCUGCAGCACUCCACCAAUCAGGCCUUUAUGGUAGAGUUGCCAAGAUUCUCUGUUCUAGUUAAAUCUUGGUUUCAUUAUUUGGCCUGAAUGUCAAGCGUCACGUCUGUAGGAAACCUGGCAACAUCCCUACAGUGGAGCAUGGUGGUGGCAGCAUCAUGCUGUGGGAAUGUUUUUCCGAUGCAUGGAAUGGGAGACUAAUCAGGAUCAAGGGAAAGAUGAACAGAGCAAAGUACAGAAACAUCCUUGAUGAAAACCUGCUCCAGAGUGCUCAGGACCUCAGACUGGGGCGAAGGUUCACCUUCCAACAGGACAACGACCCUAAGCACACAUUCAAGACAACGCAGGACUGGCUUCAGGACAAGUCUCUGAAUGUCCUUCAGUGCCCGGACUUGAACCCGAUUGAUCUUUGGAGAGACCUGAAAAUGGCUGUGCAGUGACGCUUCCAUCCAACCUGACAGAGCUUGAGAGGCUCUGCAGAGAAGAAUGGGAGAAACUCCCCAAGUACAGGUUUGUCAAGCUUGCAGCGUCAUACACAAGAAGACUUGAGGCUGUAAUCGCUGCCAAAGGUGCUUCAACAAAGUACUGGGUAAAGAGACUUGAGUUCUUAUGUAAAUGUCAUAUUUCAGUUUUUAUUUUUUAUUUUAGUACAUUUGCACACAUUUCUAAACGUUUUACUUUGUCAUUAUGUGGUAUUGUGUGUAGAUUGAUGGAAAAAAAUAAUUUCAUCAAUUUUAGAACAAGGCUGAAAUGUAACAAAAUAUGGGGGGGAAAAUCAAGGGCUCUAAAUACUUUCCGAAUGCUCUGAACAUAUUUGUUGGUUCAAGCCAUUCCAGUAACUGAGAGACUUUUAACAAUAUUUUAAAUGAAGCAGACAAACUCAUUUUAAAAAUGGAAAUUUACGAAAUAUCUUCUAUUACACAUUCCAUUAUAUGCAACAUUUCAAUGUGACUUGCCGAAAGAACCGCUUCACCAUUUGGAAUGCUGUGGUAAAGUACAUGAAUGAGCUCUUCCUGUGUGCUACAUAGAUUUGUUUACUUACAUUGAUGAGGGAAGGGGUAUCCUCAUAUUUCCUUCUAUUUUACCUAUGAAGUAGAGAUGAAAAGGCCAAAUCCAAGAAUGCACAGGUUUGCAACCAAAUAAUUGUAAUCCCUAACGGUUUGAAUUAGAAUAUAUUGUCCCUGUCUGCCAGUGAUGCAUAUGGUGUGCUAUCUGGUUGAACAUGGCAGAGAAAUAGCAAGGCACAUUACAAAAUGUGAUACCUCCUGGCCUUUCAUAGGUUUACAACUGUGAAACUCUGUCAAGAGCAACAUUUGCUGCCUCCUCACUAUCUACUGUGUUGUUGCACCUCAAAUCGCACGAGAGGAUUUCGACACCAACCAUUUGAGAUUGUUCUGAAACUGUUUUUGUAAUUAAUAACAGGAUUAUCAUUCCUGAAACAUUAUAUUUAAAUAUAAUUUCAUCUCUGAGAAAUGUAGCUAAUUGAUUGUACUCCAACUGGAAUUUGUGGGAUUCAGAUAAUAUUCAAUAAAUAUAGUACCCAACAUCCAAUUUGGACCAAACAUCUUCCUACCAAUGAGUAAGACAUGAGGAAUCCCCCCCCCAAAAAUGGUAAAAAGCCACCCACAGAUCCCCAACACCCCAUGUCAAUCCCACCCCACCAACCAGUAAACAGUAUAAUUUUUCUUUGUUUGACAGUAGUAUGAAGCUGUGGAUGGAGUAUUGCUUCUCCAUACUAUGUAAUGUGUACCUUGUGAAUCUGGUUAUGUUUUUUCUCUACCUGCUCAGAGAGAUGUGUAAUUGAAGUUGCAUUAUUUACCCAAAAGUACUGUGAAAGUACCAUGUUUUGACCAAUAGAUGCCGCUGUUCUUACUAUACUGCCACACACAUCCAUUUUGCUGGUCUCUUGUGUUUAUUAAAUUGGUCACAACAUUUCCUUUGCAACUUUGGGUUCUUAACCAAUAUAUUUUAUGAAAAUAAAUUCUUCCAUGAAAGCAAUUCAGUUUGUCCUUCUCUUAGCAACCUAAUGCUUCAACCAAACUCUCCUUGAAUAGUCCAAGUGUCUGCUCUAUUGAGAGGGCUAUCUUUAUGCAAUUCUUAUAUGAAGACUUUUCCAACAACCCUAAUAAUAUAAUGAAUUGCAUGGCAGUCUUAUGUUUUUCAAUAACAUUAUCAGGAAACAGCUCUGUAUGUAUUGUGACAUUUACCAUUAAACUCAACACAACCAACACCAAUUGCAAAACACGACACAGUUUGUUUGGGACUUUGAAGACCAUAACAUUGACACCAUGAGAACUGCUGUAGCCUAAUAAUUUGAUUGUUCACCAGAAAUGGUCUAACAGUAACUCAUCCAUAUAUUUUUAAAGGUAAUGAACAACACACAAAGAAGCUGUUUCCUGGACACAGAUUAAGAAGGACAAACUGAUUUGUUUUCCUGGAGGACUGGCUUGAAUUGUGAGGAUGACCAAAAUGUAUUUUCAUCAAGCCAAAUAUAUUGGUUUUCUACCCCAAAUUGCUAAGGAAAUGUUGUGAUCUAUUUAAUAGACACGAGACCAGCAACAUUGAUAAGAGUGUGGAGGUAUAGCAGGAACAGCAGCAUCUAGUAGUCAAAACCUGUUACUUUCACACUACUUUAUUGUAAAUAAUGCAAGUGACUUCCAUUACUAACUUCUCUAACGUUUCACUGACAUUCACAGAAUAAAUGACAUCGUCUCAGCUACGUUACUCAAUGGUCGGAAGACGUUUGGUCCAAAUUGGAUGUUGGGUACUAUAUUUACUGAAAUUAAAAUAGCCAAUUUGGAUGCCAUCAAUUAGCUGAACUUCUCUAAGAUUACAUUAAAUCAACAAACUAAUGCUUCAGGGAUGCCAAUCGUAUCUGUUUAACUACAGAAACAAUUUCAAAACAAGUCUACUGAGAUUUUCUACUGAGUCAUAAUUUUGUACAUUUAUUUUGCAGCUAUGUCCUGCAGGAUAUUACAUGCCCUUUAAUGUAUACAUAAAGAGUAAAUUCCUGUUUUGGGUGUCCACAUGAAAUAUGUGUAGAUAUCUUUAUGUACAGAAAUACCUCCUUGUAUCUUGUAAUCCGUUUGUUCUCAUGUCUAAAUAUUAAUGAUUAACAUUGUUAUUUUAAAAACGCAUUUAAGCCUUAACUUUAUUGUAAUUGUAUCAUCACAUUGUAUUUGUCCCAUAUUGAUGCUUCUCUUAUGCAUUUUGAUUUUAUAGCAUGGAAUAAUAUACUGUAAACUAUAUUAACCGUUAAGCCCUUUUCUAUAGUAAAUUAUUAAACAG